CAUAUGCACCAUUAUCAUCAUUUUCAAAACUUCAAGACCACAGGUUGCAUACAAACAAAUCAAAUGUAUCCCUCGCUCAACCAGCCUGAGAAGUACAGUGUUGAUGGCCAUCCGGGUCAUGACGUUCCCACUUCCGGGUAUCCGAACCCGAUGGCGAGCUCAGUCCAAGCAGUUGCUCCUCCAUACGCUGCCUCCGGUUUACGGCCUCAUGCGGCCGCUGGCAAAUGGUCCACUAAUCUUUGCCAUUGUUGUGAUGAUCCUGCAAAUUGUGUGAUCACUUGCUUUUGCCCUUGCAUCACAUUCGGACAGAUUGCUGAGAUAGUGGACAGAGGUUCCACAACUUGUGCUGCAAAUGGCGCGGCGUACGGGCUAUUGGCGAUGACCGGAUUCGCAUGCUUAUACUCAUGCUUUUACCGGUCGAAGCUGAGGGGGCAAUAUGACUUGGCAGAGGAUCCAUGUGUGGACUGCCUAGUUCAUUUCUUCUGUGAAGCUUGUGCUUUGUGUCAAGAAUACAGAGAGCUCAAGAACCGGGGCUUCGAUAUGGGAAUUGGAUGGGAAGUCAACGUGGAUAGACAGAAGAGGGGUGUUAUGGUGCCUCCUGUUAUGGGUCAGAGCAUGACAAGAUGAAAACUACUUGUGUUGAUGAAUGUCCAAUUCUAUCUUUGUGAGUGAAACGAAGAAAGAAAGAAAGAAAGAAGGAGAAGAAAUUCUACAGUAGCCAUUGUCUUGCUGCAGUUGCUGUUGCUGUCUUGUUAGGGGAUGUCAAGAGUGGUUCCAAAAUCAUCGUGCACAAAGCACCGGUGUUCUUGUGCUCUAUCAAUUGUCAAUCGUCAAUUUGUAAAAUGUGCUUGAGACGAGGGAAUCCGACGAAGAGAAAUAAUGAUCGUAGUUGGAUUUUCCUGUGUUACGUCGGGUGUGUUAAAUAACGAACUCUGUAUC